AUGGGCCUACUCUACGCAACGGGCGUUGUCCUUGUUCUCUUGACGUUCGCAUGGCUGGUCCGUCGCAGACGGCGUGAUGGGCUGCGUCACAUUCCUGGGCCGUGGAUCAAUACCGUCUCGCCGUUCGCGUUCCCAUAUCAGGUCGUCAAGGGAUUUGCCAACGUCUACUUGUAUGCCUUACAUGAGAAAUACGGUCCGGUUGUGCGUAUCGGGCCCAAUGAAGUCAGUUUCGCAGGUCCGGCUUUGGAAGCCAUAUAUGGUCUACGGAAAGGAGGUGCUCUGGAGAAGAGUCGAGCGUGGUUGGGAGGGGUUUCGCCAUGGAAAGGUUUCCAUGGUCUGGGAAUCGCGCGCGGAGACGAACAUCGACGCCAGAGGCGUGCAUUGGCCCCGUCCAUGUCAAAGGCAGCAUUGAAGUCCCAAGAAGGGAUCAUCCAAGAGAAUGUGGGUCAGCUCAUGGAUCGACUUCGUGCAGAAGCCGCAAAGAGUGAGGACGUGAAUGUGGCAGAGUGGUUCACCUACUUCACCUUCGAUAUGAUGGGUGACGUCUGCUUGAACCAGUCCUUUGGAUGCCUUGACCUGGGAGAACGGACCGACUGGGCCGACUCGAUCAUCGACCUUCACAUAUCCUCAAGUUGGCUCACCGUCAUCCAGCAAAUCGCAGGCAUGGAAACAAGAUUCGGUCGUUUACUGUCGAAAGUCCUGGCCAGGCUUUUCGUCCCACGCCAGCUCGACAAAAGUCGAAAGCUUCAUUUCCAGAAGACAAUGGACGCCACCGUACGUCGGAUGGAAGCAGAGUCAUCCCACCCGGACGCCAUCUAUCACAUCCUUCGCUCCAACAAAGAGGAUCGCAUCAUAGCUCCGCGAGAGGAGAUCAUCCUGAAUAUGACUCUGUUCCUCUCUGCCGGAUCGGAGACCACGUCCAUCCUCCUGACUACGUGUUCAUGGCUGCUCAUCAGCCACCGUCAAGUGCUCGACCGAGUGGUCCGAGAAGUGCGAUCCAAAUUCCAACACAUUUCCGAGGUCACUUUAGACACCGUCACCGAUGCCCAUCUCCCCUACUUGCACGCUGUCAUCCACGAGGCCUUCCGCCUCUUCCCGCCCGCGGGAACAGGCGUAGGGCGCGAGGUUCCACCCCAAGGCGACACGAUUACAGGUGUGUACGUUCCUGGAGGAACUACCGUCAGAGUUGCGGCUUGGACAGUGCAGCGGUCCGCCGAACACUUCCACCAGCCCGACACGUUCCAGCCCGAACGUUGGCUCAAGCCACCGCCGAAGGAGUUUGAGAAUGAUCGUCUUGAGCUCUCUCAGCCGUUCAUCAUCGGGCCUCGCCAGUGUCUCGGUGCUCCAUUGGUCAUGUUUGAGAGUCAAUUGGCUCUUUCUCGACUGCUUCUACAAUUCGACAUCUCUGCUCCAGUGACGAGACGAGGCAUUGCGGAGAAUGAGAAGUGGAACCUGAGUCCUACGAUACGCAGCAUCGAGAGCUAUACCGUGAUUAAGAAGCCGAACACUUGGGUCAAUCUACGUCCUGUCCCUGGGAUGAUCUGA